AUGGCGCCGCGGCGGCCGGCCGAGCUGUACCGGGCGCCCUUCCCGCUCUACACCGUCCGCCUCCACCCGCGGCGGCCGCUCGCCAUCACCGCCGGCGGCGGCGGCGCCGCCAAGACCGGCAUCCGCAAUGGAGUGCACUUCCUGCAGCUGGAGCAGAUCGGGGGGCAGCUCAGCGCCUCCCUGCUCCACUCCCACGACACCGAGACCCGCGCCACCAUGACCAUGGCGUUGGCCGACGACAUCAUUGCCGCGGGGCAGGACGCCAGCUGCCACAUCCUCCGCUUCACCCUGCAGGCGCCCGAGGCCAAGAGCGGCCGGAACGGCAGUGGGGAGAAGGGGCCGCGGAAGCGGAAGGGCCCCAGCCCGGUGGGGCAGGGGGACACGCAGAGCCAGACGAGCGAGGUGACGGUGGAGAGCCUGCACAGCGUCCGCACAGAUUUCAGCCCCGACGCCCUGCAGAAGGCCGUCCGCUUCAACGCUGACUGCUCUCUGCUCGUCACGGGUGGUGCCGACGGCUUCCUCCGCCUCUGGGAGUUCCCCAGCAUGAAGAAGACGCUGGAGUUCAAAGCCCACGAUGGGGAGAUCGAAGAUAUUGCACUGGGCCCUGACAACAAGGUGGUGACGGCAGGACGGGACUUCCAGUGCUGCGUGUGGCAGCAGGACCAGCUGGUGACGGGGCUGCGCUGGAACGAGAACCUGCCCGGCAUCCCUGACAAGGCUUACCGCUACCAGGCCUGCCGGUUCGGGGCCGUGGAGGACAACGCUGGGGCGCUGCGGCUCUACACGGUGCAGGUGCCCCACAAGCGGGAGCGCCGCCCCCCACCCUGCUACCUGACCAAGUGGGAUGGGAAGAGCUUCCUGCCGCUGCUGACCCGGCCCUGCGGCAGCGAGGUGAUCUCCUGCCUCUCCAUCAGUGACUCAGGCACCUUCCUGGGGCUGGGCACGGUGACAGGCUCUGUCGCCAUCCACAUCGCCUUCUCGCUGCAGAGGCUGUACUACGUGAAGGAGGCGCACGGCAUCGUGGUGACGGACGUGGCUUUCGUCCCCGAGAGCCGGCGUGGGCGGGAGCUGCUGGCGGGGAACGAGGCCGCCCUGCUCAGCGUGGCCGUCGACAGCCGCUGCAAGCUGCACCUGCUCCCCAGCCGACGCUCCCUCCCCGUCUGGCUGCUGCUGCUGCUCUGUGCCGGGCUCAUCGUGGCCGCCAUCCUGCUGCUGCAGCUCGCCUUCCCGGGGUUCCUGUAGGCCCCUGGUGCCAGGCUGGGACCCCCCCGCACCAGGAUGGGACCCCUGAGGCCGGCCAGCCUCUGCCCCGCCUCGGCCCACCCCAAGCAGACUGUGAAGCAGACGAGGGACCAG